UAUUAAAAAAGGUGAUGUUGUCUUUUUAACUUAUAACCUUUUUUGUCUUUUUAGGUCAGAGCAUUACAAGUUCAGAUAAAAUUUAGCUACAACAAAAAGAAACUAUGCAGGUUUUUACUAGGAUGAAUGUAUCAAAGUUAUCACGUCUUACCUGGUGCUAGAAAAUACCAUACAGUAUAAUGUCUCAGCAUGAGAAUGAGCUUGUUACGCUGGACAAUAUCGAAGGAGCAGCUCAACAGAUUGAACCAUAUGUGCAUAAAACUCCUAUACUGACUAGUACUUUCAUAAAUGAUUUAGCUGGAAGAAAUCUAUAUUUUAAAUGUGAAAAUUUUCAGAAAACUGGAUCGUUUAAGAUUCGAGGUGCUGUUAAUUCCAUUCUCAAAUUAAAAAAGAAAUGCGAAGAAGAUGUAGUUGUGGUAACUCAUUCAAGUGGAAAUUAUGAGGCAGUUGCAUAUGCAGUCUCUUUGCUGGGCCUUAAAAGUAUUAUAGUUGUACCUUCAAUUGCACCACAAGUAAAAAAAGAUGCGAUCAAGGGAUAUGGCACUAAAGUUGUGGAGUGCGAGCCUUCACCAAAGUUAAGGCAUGAUACUGCAACUAAACUAUUAGAUAAUCUGGAUGGUAAAGGAGAGUAUAUUUCCUCUUCUGAUCAUCCUUUUGUUAUGGAAGGCGGAGGAAGUAUUGGUUUGGAGAUGUUGAGUGAGAUACCACAGUUGGAUGCAGCUGUUGUCCCCAUAGGCACAGGUGGAGUUUUAGGUGGUAUUUCUGUUGCGUGUAAAAAAUUGAAACCUGACAUGAAAGUUUUUGGAGCUGAACCCGAGCUAGCUGACGAUGCCUUUCAAUCCCUGCGUACAGGACAGGGGAUUAUUUUCAAAGAAUACCCAAAAACGAUAGCAGACGGACUUCGUAUGAGUGUCGGUGUUCACACGUGGCCUAUUUUGAAAGAAAACGUAGAAGAUAUUUUUACGGCAUCCGACGAGGAGUUAGUUCGUGCAACGUUCUUGUUGUGGGAACGAAUGAAAAUAGUUGUUGAACCUUCAGGUUGUAAUGGACUUCCUGCUGUAUUAUCACAAAGAUUUAAAGCAAUACCCCCUGAAGUAAAGAAUGUGGGGAUAGUUUUAUCAGGGGGUAAUUUAGAUUUGAAAAAUAUACCAUGGGUUACACAUUCUUAGGAAGAAAAUAAAAAAUUAUAAAUUAAUUUUAAUAAGAUGCAAAUACAUAUAUUUUUAUAUAUAAGUGUAUUGGAAUAAUUAGGUGUAUUAAUAAAGUUUAAGGAUUUGGUGAAACUCAUCAACUACAAUCGUGUUUAUAUUUUUUUAUGGAAAUGAUAGGCUAUGUUUAUCUAUAUUAUAAUAUCCGUAUACGUCUGUCCGUCCGUCUGUCACGCAAAAUGGUAGCUUAGCUGCGCAGGUAGCCAGACGCACGCAAUGCGGUAUAAAAAGGACGGGCGAACCCGUGGAUUUUUCCACGGGCUAACGACUAGUUAUUUAAAAUUGCCAAACAACAUGGCCUAAGAUUUUGUCAAAAAUAUAGUUUUAAGAAGAAUUAUUUUUAGCAAGCAUUUUUUAUGAGGAGUGUAAAUUUAUUCUAAACUAAGAUCAAUUAUUUCGGCGUAAGGCAUUGUUUAUAACCAAAAUAGACUAUUAACGAUUUACAAA